AAUUUCUGAGCUUGUUUUAUUUGUUUAUUUACAGUCUGGUUCUAUGUUGGAAUGGCUGGUGCGUUUUGUUUCAUCUUAAUCCAGCUGGUCCUACUCAUUGACUUUGCCCACUCCUGGAAUGAAUCAUGGGUUGAAAAAAUGGAAGAAGGCAACUCGAGGUGCUGGUAUGCAGCAUUGUUGUCCGCCACAGGCAUGAACUACCUGCUAUCCCUGGUUGCUAUUGUCCUAUUCUAUUGUUACUACACGCAUCCUGAGGGCUGCACUGAGAAUAAGGUCUUUAUCAGCUUAAAUAUGCUGCUGUGCAUAGCUUCGUCUGUCAUGUCCAUCCUCCCAAAGAUACAGGAGUCUCAACCUCGAUCUGGUUUGUUACAAUCGUCCAUCAUCACCUUGUAUACCAUGUAUCUAACGUGGUCUGCUAUGACUAAUGAACCAGACCGAAAAUGCAAUCCCAGUUUGCUGAGCAUGAUUGGGUACAACAGCACAGGGACUCAUGUCCCUGGUCAGGUUAUCCAGUGGUGGGAUGCACAAGGAAUUGUAGGACUGGUUCUAUUUUUACUUUGUGUUCUAUAUUCAAGCAUCCGGACCUCGAACAAUAGCCAGGUCAACAAACUGACGCUAACUAGUGAUGAAUCUACGCUGAUAGAUGAAGGAGUUGGUCGAAGCGAUGGUUCCUUGGAAGAUGGUAACAAUGCACAACGUGCAGAAGACAAUGAGAAAGAUGGUGUCACCUACAGUUAUUCCUUCUUUCACUUCAUGCUGUUUUUGGCUUCUCUCUAUAUCAUGAUGACACUGACCAACUGGUAUAGCCCUGAUUCCUCAUAUGAAAUAAUGACAAGUAAAUGGCCAUCAGUUUGGGUGAAGAUUUCUUCUAGCUGGAUCUGCAUCAUGCUGUACGGAUGGACCCUGGUUGCUCCACUUGUGCUGACAACUCGUGACUUUGAUUGAAGGACAAAUUUAAGAACUGUUUUCUGUUGACACGCCUGGGAUUAUGCAACUAAAAUCUAACUGCAGUGUUAAACAACUAGUAUGUGCUACCAUGUGGUAUUUAUUUCCCCUCCACUUUAUUGCAUAAUUGGACUAAAUGUUUAACUUUUCUUUGAAUUGCACAUUAAACGCUGUUUACUAAAGUUAAAAUAUUUGACUUGUAGAAAUAUUAGAAAGUGUGACAAUCUCCAAAAAAUUGUGCGCAUUUCUUUAGAAGUGGAAAAGGCAACUUAUUUAUUUGCUUUACAAAAAACAUCUUGAAACAUGUGAAUGAUCUUUGUUUUCAGCAUUGCUUAUUGGUGUCUAGGAAAAGGCUUUGUCAGCAUCUGUAUAGAUUACAUUUGUCUUGUGUAGGAAUUGUGGUGCACAAAACUUAAAUGUGAGUUAAGAUUUUAGUAUUGCUGACAUUUGACUAACCUUGCUUUUAAGCUAAGUUGACACAGCUACUGCGUGAAGUUUGUUGUGGAUGUCAUUGUAAACAGAAAUUGUUCUUGCUUGUUUGUGAUUAUAAACUGUAUUGAAUGAAUUUGAAUUCCUGUGUCUACACCAAUCAUUUGACCUAGGCUGGUUAGCUUAAGCAUAAAUUUCCAAUUAAUAAUGAUUGGUGAAGGAUAAAGGGAUCUCCAAGUAUAGGAACUGGAUGUCGUGUAUUGCCCAAUUGUCUUUGUACUUCAAAGUACUAUUUUUGCAUGCAUAAUGGUAACUGAGCCAUCCUUAAUCACAACUCAGAUGCACAGGUACUACUUAUGAGGCCUAAUCCACCAUUUAUUAAACUGAGAGGCCUUGGUAAAAUAAUUGGAAACAUUUUUCCCGCUUACUUGAAUUUUAAAAAAUUUAGUAUUACUGAUGGAUGGUAUCAUAUGUCUAGCUCUGAAAGCAAUAUGCCACAAAAUUUUAUUAAUCCAUUUUCCUUUUAAAGAUGUUUUCUUAUUUACAUGAUUAAAGUUUUCUUCAGACAAA